AUGCCCGUGUGGGUGGCGACGGAAGCAGUCACGGCAAUUCCGCGCGCCGAUGCUUAUUCUGUGGCUGCCAGCGUGAUAUGUGCACUAGAGUACCCUCUAAUCGCAUCUUUUUCUCAUUCUGCCCUGAAAACGCUUACCGCAACCAAUUCCCGACUUUCUCUGACGACGACGUUGACAUCACGUUCUCGACCUGCAAGUUUCGCGAUACGAUCUUGUACUACCGCCCAUUAA